CCUUAAUGGGAAACCUGUGGCACGACGCGUCCAGGCGCGUCUCCCAGCCCAAGGCCCCACCCGCUUCUGGACUCGCCUUUAGACAGUCUUUGGAAUUGUUACUCGGGAUUAAUCGAUCGUGACAUUGGGCAGCACGCGACCGUCAUCAUGUUCAGACAAGACUUCAACAGGAUAGACGCCAAACGGCGGCACGUCGACCACCGCAAGCAGCAGUUUGCCGACCGCGGCUACAAGGAGCAGCAAUACCCACACAGGCUCAACUUCUACGCGACGCCGCCCACCGCAGACAUCACCCUCGAGCAGUUCGAGCAAUGGGCAAUAGACCGCCUCAGAGUCCUCGCCGAGCUCGAGGCAUGCUCGUUCCGCAACAAGUCCCACGAUGAGACCGCCGCCCACAUGAAGCCCCUCCUCGAGAAGUACCUGCCCCUCGACUUCAACACCUCAAAGUCCACACAGCUCGCCCUGCAGCGCCAGAAGGACCACUACAGCCACUUCAUCCUGCGCCUCGCCUUCGCCGCCACCGAGGACCUGCGCCGCCGCUUCACCCGCGUCGAGACCACCCUCUUCCGCCUGCGCCUCAACCAGGAGGACACGAGGGACCGCAACGACUUCGUCAGGAACCUAGCCCUGGACUGGGAGAUGAUCUCGGACGACGAGAGGCGGGACCUCGAGCCCGAGCUGGCCGCCCUCUCGGGCCGCAAGGCCGCCCCGGCCGACGAGACGUGGUGCAAGGUCGACUGGGAGCGCGUGCCCGACCUGGUCGAGGGCAGGAGGGUGCUCCUGAGGGCCGGCAAGGCCUACGUCCCCUCGCGCGAGCAGACCAGCAUGGUCGUGACCGAGUUCACGUCGCGCCUCGAGCGCGCCCUGGAGCUGACCGCCCGCGCCCUCCCGCGGCUCGACGAGGACGACCGCCUGACGCCCAUCCUGGACCACCUGUCCAAGAACUUCAUCACCCCGGACGCCUCCUACCAGAGCGCCACGGGGGACCUGCCCGCGGGGGCCGAGAUCUCGGCGCGCAACAUCGACAAGCUGUCGGCGCACUUCCCGGCCUGCAUGUCGCACCUGCACCGCUCGCUGCGGCGCGACGCGCACCUCAAGCACUACGGCCGCCUGCAGUACACGCUCUUCCUCAAGGGGCUGGGGCUCAACCUCGAGGAGGCCCUGGUCUUCUGGCGCACCGCGUUCCACAAGGUCACCGACGACCAGUUCAACAAGGACUACCGGUACAACGUGCGCCACAGCUACGGCGACGUCGGCGGCGACUCGAACCGCCGCGGCGGCGGGUACAGCCCCUUCAGCUGCCAGAAGAUCCUCACCGAGCACCCGCCCGGCCCCGGCGAGGCCCACGGCUGCCCCUACCGCCACUUCAGCCUCGAGAACCUGUCCAACCUCAUGCAGGCUAUGGGUGUUAACGACAGGGGCGUGAUGAAUGGUGUCAAGGAGGAUAAGGAGAAGACCAAGUAUCACAUGGCUUGUAAUCGCGUCUUCGAAUACCUGCACAAGAACGAGAUCAAGAAGGCCAAGGAGGAGGGCGUCAUGACCGCCAACCAGCUGGAGACCAUCGUUCACCCCAACGAGUACUUCAAGCGGAGUUACGUGCUCAAGAACCUGAGCAAGGAGGCAGGGGGUGAUGAUGUCAAGAUGGAGGGCUGAAGGUGGCUAAUUGGAAUGAGCUCACGGGGCUCACGUCUCAUGCUUUGGUUUUCCUUUGAUUGGGUUUGUCUUGCACACGGCAUUGUCCGCACUGGUGUUUUCGGGGCUCGGGUUUUUGUUCUACAAAGUAAAUAUGCAGGCGGUAUCUGGACAUCAUGAUCAUUAAGAGGUUCCCUUGAGAAUCGUUUUCAAA